AUGGGAGUUGGGGGUUUUUUCGCUCUUUUGGGUCUGCGAAACGACCCCCGUCACAUCAGCGAGUUCAAGGGGUGGAGAGUUGGAUUGGACGGGACGGGAUUUUUUUGCAAAAGUGUUUAUAGCGUUGACGCUGCCGCAGCAAAUGGUGACCCUACCGACCUCGUGAUCUCUGGGAUGGAGCUGCUCCUUAAAAAAAUGAUUCGUUACGGUGUCCGCCCCGUCCUCUUCAUCGACGGCGACAAUCUCCCUGCCAAGUACGAAACUCAGCAGAAGAGACGCCAAGCAAGGCUCAAGCAGCAGCUGAAAUAUCAUAGGCAACGCAAGGAUGAUGACGGAUGGCUCAGAACAAUGGCUCAGUACAAGGUCAUCUCGUCCGACUACCGUUCUGUCCUCGUCAAACUGGCGCAGCGCCUGGACAUUCCAUACCAAGUCAGUCUCUAUGAAAUGGAUUCACAGGGAGUCUACUCCCUCCGCGUGAAUGAUGUCGACAUUAUCGCUUCUAGUGACUCUGAUUUUGCGGUCUAUGGUUGUCGAAAUAUAUUCUUUGACUGUGACGAGCGUGGCUGGGGUUACUUUUUCAACUCGGCGGAGGAUAUUCCUCUCGCUCUUGGAAUUCCCGACGAGGAGUACACACAAGAUGUUGUGUUGAAGAUGGCACUGCUGAGAGGGAACGAUUUUUAUGGAGGUGUGCCCGGUAUUGGAGUCGUGAAGUGUUUGGAGGUGGUGAAGGCAGCUACUAAUACGGAUAUUGACUCGCUACUACAGACAAUAAAGGAUUUGUACCCUUCCAUCUACGCCAACAUGAAACCAGAUUGCCGAGAUCGUCUCAUACAGGCAGAACAAACUUUCCGACACGCCACCGUGUAUGACGUCACGACGCAGUGUCAAGUCCCACUAACCCCGGUGAAGGACGAAGGAGUGCUGCUGCAGCAAGUUGAAGUUUUCGCUGGUCCCCGUAAAAGUCGUCUCACCGCUACAGCAAUUUCAAAAGGACUCAUCCAUCCUAUCACCCACGAGCCAAUUUCCGAAAUAGGUGACCCGAAGACUGGAUUUUGGAGCAGUUCCUACGUACGUCCCAAAGAGACCAAAUUUUUUCAGAGGGGAGAAAGGAAGUCAGCUGAAGAUUUGGGGUUGGACGAUUGUGACGCAGCGCCUAGGAAGAGUCAGAAGCUGAGGCUGGACUGCCAUAUUUGUGGAAAGAUUUCAUCAAGUUUCGGAAAUCUGAAAAAUCACCUCCGAGUUCACUCAGCAAAAUUUCCCUUCGUUUGUAGCAGCUGCAAAAAAUGUUUCAAACACAAAUCCAAUCUUAAUGCACAUUUAGUCGUUCAUACCAAAGCCAAGCCAUACAAAUGUUGUCACUGUAACAAAAGUUUUAGCUGGUGGAACACCUUUCAUCAACAUCUUCAGCGACACAAAGGAGUGAAGCAGUACCCCUGCAGCAUCUGCGACAAAUCGUUCAUACAGCGCUGUGAACUUGUGGCGCACAACAACACCCACACUGGAGUCCGCCCUUAUGUCUGUGACGUAGAAGGAUGCGGUAAAAGUUUUGCUACCAGGUCUAACCUCUCGACCCACAAGAAGACUCACUCAGAAGAUCGACUCUAUAAAUGCAGCAACUGCUCCGCUUCUUUCAGACUCAAGCAACAUCUCGAUUAUCACAUGAUAACCAUGCAUGGAACAACCGGAGGAGUAAACUGCAGCAUCUGCAAUCAGAAGUUUCCAAGUGCGUCCCAUCUCAAAAUUCACAUGGCUUCACAUUCUGACCCCAAUUUUAUUUGUACCGUCUGUGGAGCGAAGUUCACGCUAAUUGCAAAUCUCAAGCGCCAUCAAGAUAACCCCAACAGUCACGACCCGAAAAAGAAAUGGAGCUGCACCUUUCCGGAUUGUCCACGACGAUUCUCACUUGAACCAAACCUGAAGCGGCACAUCAGACAAAAACAUUAGGUGCACAGCUGCUGCAGCAUUAGAAAUUUCUAGUUAUUUACUGCUACUUAAUUGACAAAUAAUUAAGUCAAAUGUGCGCUGUGCACAAUCAUUUCGAAUAUAUGUAUGUGCAUAUAAAAACUUGAGAGUGGAGCAGCUCUAUUAAAUGACGAGGAAACCAUUUUAUUUCAUCUCUUUCUACGUCUGUAUAUGUAUGUAGCCGUAUAUAAAUUAACAUUUAGCUACCACACUAACUAACAACUGGAUUAAUAAGAGACUAAAGUGGUUUGGCAUCCUUGAAAUAAUUAGUUUUAGCCGAACACACAUGCAACAACUCAUCCUCGUCCUUUUCGUCAUCUUGAUUUCUGUUCUCAACAGCGUCGUUGUGAAGCAAUUAAAUUGCGAAAAAAUUAUAAAAGGGUGGGGCAACUGACGUGAAACCAAAGGUAGCUUGUCAAUAGAAAAACAUGCCCUCCUAAAUUAGUUACUAUACAGUUAGCAAUCCAUACAGUUGACAAUUUCCAUUUUUUUGUGUGUUUGUGUCUGAUACACUAAAAUACCCCAAAAUUAGGAUUAUGGCCUUUUCAACAGCCAUUACGAGCAAUAGUCUUGCAAAUAAUACUGUAUUCUGCGUUUGUAUGUCAAUAAUAUGAUACACAUUAAGAUUGCGAUUGAUUUGAAGCAAGAAAUUAAUACGACGGCUCAUGCAUAUUCAUAACAGCACAUGGCAAAGUUGGGGAUCAACUCAUUAGGUAUAAAAAGGAGUCCAAAAGAAAUUAAGACGAGUGGGUGUAUACGCCUAAUGUCAAUUCCAUUAAACUGAUCACGACUUCUUCUUCUUGGGCCUGUUGUAACAAAUCUGUUGUAAUAUGACUUUUAAAUGAAUGCUUCAGCCCUCAUUGCUUCGCUAUCUGCCCUCCUGACAAAGUGCAACCAGACCAACAACCUGAACCCACCUACCAAACUCUUCCAUACCUAACCUACGAUGCAGUAUGUAUAACGAUGGCAAUAAGCUAAUGGAAUAUAUCAAUUUAAUUAAACCGGGAAAGAUGCAAUAUUAUCUUGAUCUUCUCGUCGUCAAAUCCGGCAGGGAAGCCAAGUUUAACUAUGCUCAUUAACUGCAUUUGAAUUUGGAGUGGAGACAUUCAUCGACAUAGGCAGGAGCCUCAGCCCAACAGCUUCAUUAUUCUUCUUCUACGACGACGAGAGAGUGAUACAGCCAAAUAAAUUGAUCAAGAUCUCAUCUCAACGAGCAAGUAAUCUCGACCAAGCGAGCGAGCGACCCAGGCGA